AUGUCUAAAGUUAGUGAGGUUAGGCAGGGAAAGGAUGAGUCCCCUGCAGGGUACUUAGAACGCCUCAUGGAAGCCUACCGAACUUACACCCCUAUUGACCCAGAGGACCCCAACAAUCGGUGGGCAAUCGUUAUAGAUUUCGUGUCCAAUUCGGCCCCUGAUAUUCGGAAGAAAAUUCAGAAAUUGGAUAGGUUUGAGGGAGAGACGCUGACAGAACUCUUAGAGGUGGCCAAGAGAGUUUUUGACAAUAGGGAAGACAGCUCUGACACACAAACCAAGACUGUCGCCAGGAUGGUGGUUGCUGCAUUGGCAGAAAUUCAGGCCCAGGUCCCCAGUCUCAAGGGACCCAGAGGAAACGGGAGUUCCAGAUUCACCCGGAAGCGGGGAAGGGGCACAACUAGACAACCCCUGAAUCGUGACCAAUGUGCAUACUGCAAACAAUCAGAGCCAAGAGUUCUACUAGAUGUGGGGGGUCAUCCUGUUUCCUUUCUGGUUGAUUCGGGGGCAGCUGCCUCGGUAUUCCAGAAGCCUUAUGGUCCUUUAAGUUCUCAUUCCAUCCAAGUUCAGGGAGCCACGGGAAAGUCCCAGACUACUUCCCGAACCAUAAACCUUGGGAAAGGGACAGUGACACAUUCCUUCCUCGUCAUGCCGGACUGUCCCUAUCCCCUUCUCGGGAGAGACCUCCUGCACAAACUGCAUGCUACUAUCUCCUUGGAGGGGCCUCUCCCCUCAGUAACUCUGAACCUCCCACAGCUGACAGUGACUUGUCCUAUAGCCGAGGAAUCUCGCUUGUUUACACUUGCUAAGUCUGGUGACCAGGCGGUACAGCAGUCCUCACUCCUUGCUGAGUUUCAACAGGCGGUUCCUGAGGUUUGGGCUGAGUUCAAUCCCUUUGGUUUUGCGUCUCAUCAAAUCCCAGUGGUGGUGUAACUACUGGCCACUGCAACCCCAGUACGUGUGGCCCAGUAUCCUCUGGGGCAACCGACUUUGAGGGGCAUAAACCCCCACAUUGAUCGUCUGCUCAGGGCUGGAGUUCUCCAACCCUGUCAGAGUCCCUGGAACACCCCCUUAAUGCCGGUACGUAAGCCUGGAUCGGGGGACCUGCGGCCUGUGCAGGACCUUCGGGAAGUCAACGCCAGGGUUGAGACUGUGCACCCCACGGUCCCAAACCCUUAUACGCUGCUCUCCUCUCUCGACCCCAGCCACGUAUGGUAUACAGUUUUAGAUCUGAAAGAUGCUUUCUUCUCUGUUCCCCUGGCACCUGUGAGUCAGCCUCUUUUCGCUUUCACCUGGACAGACCCUGAUACAGGGAUCGCGUCACAACUUACAUGGACCAGGUUGCCACAGGGUUUCAAGAACUUCCCCACUCUCUUUGGGGCAGCUUUGGCAUCCGACCUAGUCCCAUUCCGUACGGAAUUUCCCUCAGCGACCCUCCUCCAAUAUGUUGAUGAUCUUCUCCUGGCUGCUCCAACUCGGGACUUGUGCUGUGCCGCUACCUUCCACCUGCUCCAGCUCCUAGGGUGGACAGGGUACCGUGUCUCUGGUAAAAAAAAAAAAAGGCUCAGCUGUUUAUGUUUACAAACCGUUGUCUGUUUGGGUUUCACUGUUUCGAAGGGGGAACGCUUAUUAUCACAGGGCAGAGUGGCUGCCAUCCUUGGCAUGCAUCCUCCUAAGACUCGGCAGGAGCUCCGGGAGUUCCUGGGCAUGGCAGGGUACUGCCGCCUUUGGAUACUUGGGUUUGCAGAGCUAGCCAAGCCACUCUAUGCCGCCUUAGCCCACCCGGAGGCCGAUUUUGUCUGGGGAGAAGCCCAGCAGGAUGCUUUCGAUGCCCUCCGAGCUCUUUCCAGUUCUCCUGCGUUAGUGCUCCCAGACCUAUCCAAGCCUUUCUGACUCUUUGUGGCAGAAUCUGCUGGCAUCGCCAAGGGGGUUUUGACUCAAUCCCUGGAGCCCUGGCCUCGGCCUGUGGCUUAUCUAUCUAAGCAGCUCGACCCUGUGGCGUCCGGGUGGCCCCCUUGCCUCCGCUCUAUUGCAGCAGGACUCUAUUUCAAAAGGGACCGAAGCUGCAGACGCAGCAGCCCGGGCGGCCGCGACCAGAGAUGUCCUUGCUAUGGUCUCCACACCCACAGUCCAGAACUCCACGGGAAUUCUACCCCCACGACCAGUGUAUCAGGAGGUCCUGGAAUGAAGCAAGUGGCAGAAUCAGUGGCAAAGAGAUGCCUGGAGUGUGCCAAGGUUAACCCAGCCCCCCACCAGCCUGUCCCUGCAAACAGGCCCAGGGGUACCCUUCCUGGUGAGCAUUGGGAAGUGGAUUUCACUGAAAUGGAGACAGGAGUUGGGGGAUACCGAGACCUCCUGGUGUUUAUAGACACUGUCACUGGGUGGCCAGAGGCAUUUCCUGUAAAAUCUGAAACCGCAACAGUGGUGGCUAAGAAGUUUUUCUUUGAAAUAGCUCCUAGAUUCGGGCUACCUAACUCCAUAGGAUCAGAUAAUGGUCCGGCAUCUGUUUCCCAGAUAAUCCAGGCCUUAUCUAGAUUGCUGGGAAUUAAGUGGAAACUCCACUGUGCUUACAGACCCCAGAGUCCAGGACAGGCAGAAAGAAUGAAUAGAACUCUCAAGGAAUACAUUACUAAACUUAAGCUUGAAACUGGCGAGUCCUGGGUGAGCCUCCUUCCCUUUGCCCUGCUCCGGGCCCAGUGCUCUCCUAAUCCAUCUACUCUCUCUCUUUCUCCUUUUGAAAUUCUGUUUGGGGCGCCUCCUCCCAUCGUUCCCGUGUAGGGGAACACCCCUCUCCAUCUCACUAACAAAUCUUGGCUUAAGUCCUUACAGGCCCUGUCAGAAGUCCAGAGUGCUCUAAAAAGCCUGUACCGCGCUGCAGCCAAACCUGUGUCUCCUGGGUCGCUGGCCAAUCUGGACAUCGCACCGGGGGACUGGGUCCUCACCAGGAAGCUGCCCCGAGGAUCUUCCCUGGAGGCUAGGUGGACUGGCCCCUACCAAGUGAUACUUAGCAACCCUUCGGCUGUGAAAGUGGCAGGAGGAAAGGCCUGGAUUCAUCGGUCGCAUAUUAAGAGAACAGUGGCCCCAGCCAUCUGGACAUCCACCCCUACCGGUGACCUGAGACUGUGCCUAGCUAAGCAAUAAUGCUCCUCCUACUCUCUGUCUUGUUACCUCUAGCUUUAGGGAAUAACCCUUACCUCCCUACCCGAUAUAACUGGACAUUGACUCGAACAAAUGAUGGGACAGUGGUGGCCCACAAUGCCACAUAUGGCCAGCCUGUUCUAUAUUUUGAUUUAUGCUCCCUGCUAGGCCCUGGCUGGAAUAUAGCAAACAAUUGGGGGAGCAAGAAUACAAUGACUUGGUCUGAAGAUGAUAGGAGGUGGAAUGCGAACCCAGGGUGUGGGGAAGGAGUGCCAGCACCUGCUGAACAUGAGCGGGCCCUCAGGGGUCAGGGUUUCUACGUAUGUCCCUCAGAAGGGCCUUCAAAU